UCGCGAUUCGGUGCGGUCUAUCGAAGCAGAGCCUUUCAUUACUUUUUUGAUAUUCACAAAGAGAAGAAAGAAGAAGAAGAAGAAGAAGAAGAAGAAGAAAGAAGAAUCAAACAAAACCAUGGCGGCUGCUGUAUCAUCUGUUUGGGCAAAGCCUGGUGCUUGGGCUCUAGAGGCCGAGGAACACGAAGCUGAGCUCAAGCAACAAGCCCCUCCCUCCAACAACAAAUCCUCUGCCGGAGAUUCCUCCGAUUUCCCUUCCUUGGCCGCUGCGGCCACCACCAAAACGAAGAAGAAGAAGGGCCAGACCAUAUCUCUCGCUGAAUUCGCUACCUACGGCUCCGCCAAGGCCGCGUCAGCUCCCCAGACGGAGCGCCUCACUCAGGCUGAGCUCGUCGCUCUUCCCACUGGUCCACGCGAGCGUUCCGCUGAGGAGCUUGAUAGAUCUAAGCUUGGGGGCGGUUUCCGGAGCUACGGCGGGAGCCGUUACGGAGAUGACUCUUCCAAUUCGAGGUGGGGUUCGUCUAGGGUUUCGGAGGAUGGGGAAAGGAGAGGAGGCGGUGGAUUCAACAGGGACAGGGAAUCUAGCAGGGACUCGGGUCCGUCGCGUGCGGAUGAGGAUGAUAACUGGGGUGCCACCAAGAAACCUAUUGGAGGUAACGGAUUCGAGAGAAGAGAGAGAGGCGGCGGCGGCGUCGGAGGAGGAUUCUUCGAUUCUCAGUCCAAGGCUGAUGAAGUCGAUAGCUGGGUCUCCACUAAGCCAUCGGAGCCCCGUAGAUUUGUAUCUGCCAGCGGCGGCGGUGAUAGAUUUGAGAAGAGGGGAAGUUUUGAAUCCUUGUCUAGAAACCGGGAUUCUCAAUACGGCGGUGCUGGUGGUUCGGAUUCCGACACCUGGGGGAGGAGAAGAGAAGAGAGCCCCGGAGCAAGCGGCGUACCACCACCGAGCACCGGUGGCUCACGGCCGAGAUUGAUGUUACAGCCCCGCACACUUCCCGUGCCCGUUGUGGAGGUCGUGAAGCCGGAGGCCGUGAAGCCGAUGAGUCCGGUCACGGUCGCUGUAGAUAGACCUAAAGGUGCCAAUCCUUUUGGGAACGCCAGACCCAGGGAGGAAGUUCUGGCUGAGAAAGGCCAGGAUUGGAAAGAGAUUGACGAGAAGCUCGAGGCUGACAAGCUUAAGGACGUUGCUGCAGCCAUUGAUGAGAAAUCUUCAGGGAAGAUGGGCUUUGGUCUUGGCAACGGCCGUAAGGACGAUGAUCGUACUGAAAGAACUUGGAGGAAAAGCACGGAGCAAUCUGAGGAGAGAGCUCAAGAGGAGGAAGCAGCUGUAGAAGAGGUUAAAAAGGAAGAGACUGGGGAGAAACCAGAUGUAGAAGAGGCUAAGAAGGAAGAGACUGGGGAGGAACCAGCUGUAGAAGAGGAGGAUAAGAAGGAAGAAGAGACUGAGGACAAAAACUGAAGAGUGAAAAGGCAUUUUUUUGGAUUGUGAUACGACAAGUUCAGUUCUUGAUUGAGGUUUUAGCUUCUGAGAGUCUGUGUUGUUUAAGUUAAGUUGUGUGGGGAAACUCGAUAGAAAAUUUUGGUAGGGUCUCUCUCUCUCUCUCUCAGUCUUCAUUGCAUACUCUGUUGAAAUUUUUUUAGGGUUUUGGGUGUCUUACAUUUACGAGUUGUACAAUUUCAUUAUUCGUUUUAUUAUCUUUUAAUUAUUUCUUGGUA